AUGAAAGAUUUAGGUACAGCAAAGAAAAUUCUUGGUAUGGAAAUUUUGAGGGAUAGAAAGGCUAGCAGAUUGUACUUGAGUCAGAAGGGUUGCAUUGAGAAGGUGCUUCAAAGGGUAGUUUAUGUUAGUUUGAUGCCCGUCAAACAGAAAGACCAACAAAAAUGGAGCACAUAUCUGAUGAUGUAUUGUGGCUCACAUAUUGAUAAUGUAAUAUGUGAGCAUCAUUAUUGUUGCUCAAAUCAAAACAGUUUCUCUGUUUGCAAAAUAUUAUGCAAGUGUUUAGCCUUUGAUGAACAGGUUUGUUUGAUCUUACAGGAAGAAGGAUGGGUGGUAUGCCGAGCUUUUAAAAAGCGAAUCACAGGACAAACAAAGAGCAUUGAAGGGUGGGACUCAACCUACUAUUAUGAAGAACCAAGUGGCGGAAUCUCAGUUGUGGAUUCUAUUGAUUAUAUGACAAGGAAGCCCUCAAACUAUUCCCAGAAUUUCAUGUGCAAGCAAGAAAUAGAAGCAAAAAAUUUAAAUAUUGUACAUUCAUCAGCUGAUCAUCAUCAAUUCGUUCAACUUCCACAGCUAGAAAGUCCGUCGUUGACAAUGAUGAAAAAACCAAGUCUGGUGUCCAUAGUAUCAGAAAAUUACAUCAAUGAAGAAGAUGAAAAGGCUAGAGUUGAAUGCAAUUCAAAAAAGAUAACUGCAGAUUGGAGAGAUCUUGACAAGUUUGUUGCUUCUCAGCUGAGCCACGGAGAUAGAUACCAAGAUGAUGCUGUUGCAAGCUUUGAAGCUCUUAAUAAUGAUUCAGAUUUGGGAUUGAUUAUAUUGCAAAGGGGUAGAGAAGAAGGAGACAAUUUAAAUCAACUUUUGAGUUCAACUUUAGAUUCAGAUAUUGGAAUUUGCUUGUAUAAUAAAUGAAGUGACUAUAUAGGAAAAAGGGUUUCAUCAUUAUAGUCAUUUUCUAUUUUGAGAGGGAGAGUGAGAUUAUAUGUAUACAUAUUUUAGUAAAUGUAUUGCUUGUGAAUGAUUAAAAGAUCGAAUUCCAAAUC